GCCACAGAGCCGCAGCAGUACAGAGUCGGGCUCGGAGACAGAGGGAGCUGAGUGAACCGCAGCCGCCUUCAACACUUCCUUAAACUCCAUUGAAGUUUUUCAAAGUCGAACCUCCUGGGAAAACCGUGCUGCUUCAAAAACUAAAACCGGGGUUACAAACUCGCGACGAACAAGACACUUUCCAAGACAGCGGAAGAGGAGGCUUCGGUGAGCGGUCACCAUGGCACCCUUCCUGCGUAUCGCCUUCAAUGCUUAUGACGUGGGCGCCCUGCCCGCUCUAACCGAAACUCCCAUCUGUGCCAUCAAGAUGAAGGAGUCUGUCAACACGGAGCGAGGAAAGGCCUUGGUGCAGAGGAAGCCCACCAUGUAUCCCUCCUGGAAGUCCACUUUUGAUGCUCACAUCUACGAGGGGCGUGUCCUAGAGGUGGUCCUCAUGCAGAGCGCCGAGGAGCCAUUGGCCAACGCCACGGUGGGCGUGUCUGUGCUGGCAGAGCGCUGCAGGAAGUCCAAGACGGCCGGCCGCACCGAGUUCUGGUUGGACCUGCUUCCCUCAGGGAGGGUCCAGAUGGCUGUGCAGUUCUUCCUGGAGGACGUGGAUGCAGCGCCGGGUCAGCCGUCGGGUCAGGCAUCGUUGAAGGUUUCUUCCGAGGAGGGAGUGAUGACCCUCAACAGGAGGAGAGGAGCCUUCAAGCAGCCCAAGGUUCACUUCAUCAAGAACCACGAGUUCUGCGCCACCUUCUUCAACCAGCCCACCUUCUGCUCCGUCUGCAGAGAGUUCGUCUGGGGUUUCAACAAGCAAGGCUACAAGUGCAGACAAUGCAAUGCGGCAAUCCACAAGAAAUGCAUCGACAAAAUCAUCGGCAGGUGCACUGGGACGGCAACCAACAGCCGCGACACCGUGUUCCAGAAAGAGCGCUUCAAGAUCGACAUGCCGCAUCGCUUCAAGCAAUAUAACUACAAGAGCCCCACUUUCUGUGACCACUGUGGCAGUCUGCUCUGGGGUCUCUACAAGCAGGGCCUAAAAUGUGAUGACUGCAGCAUGAACGUUCAUAGUAACUGUCAGAAGAAAGUGGCCAAUCUGUGUGGAAUCAACCAGAAACUACUGGCAGAGGCUCUGCUUCAAAUCAGCCAGAAAUCUAUGAAGAAGCCUGAUCCCAAUGCAGAAGAUAUUGGCAUCUAUCAAGAAAUCAGAGGUGCAACAGUAGACCCUGGUGCAGAUGAUAAUGAUAAUGGUGGGUGCGUGGUGGGCCCGACCCCCGCCCCAGUCACACCGACUGUUUCCAGGGUUCGCAUCACCAUGAACCACCUGGUGUUCCACAAGGUGCUGGGCAAAGGCAGCUUUGGCAAGGUGCUGCUGGCCGAGCUGAAGGGGCAGGACCAGUUCUUCGCUGUGAAGGCUCUGAAGAAGGACGUGGUUCUCAUGGAUGACGACGUGGAGUGCACCAUGGUGGAGAAGAGGGUCCUGGCCCUCGCCUGGGAGAACCCCUUCCUCACACACCUCUACUCCACCUUCCAGUCCAAAGAGCACCUCUUCUUUGUAAUGGAGUACCUGAAUGGAGGCGACUUGAUGUUCCACAUCCAAGACAAAGGCCGCUUCGAUCUCAACAGAGCCACAUUCUAUGGUGCUGAGAUAAUCGUGGGACUGCAGUUCCUCCACUCAAAAGGAAUCAUCUACAGAGAUCUGAAGCUGGACAAUGUGAUGCUGGACAAGGACGGACACAUAAAGAUAGCGGACUUUGGCAUGUGCAAAGAGAAAGUGUUCGGAGACGUCAGAGCCACCACAUUCUGCGGGACACCAGACUAUAUCGCACCAGAGAUCCUGCUGGGACAGAAGUACACCUUCUCAGUCGACUGGUGGUCUUUCGGCGUGCUGGUGUACGAGAUGCUGAUUGGUCAGUCCCCUUUCCAAGGCGACGACGAGGACGAGCUGUUUGACUCCAUCCGGUCGGACACGCCUCACUACCCUCGCUGGAUCACCAAGGAGACCAAGAGCCUCAUUGAACUGUUGUUUGAGCGAGAUUCCACUCGCAGGUUGGGCGUGGUGGGAGACAUCCGUGCACAUCCGUUCUUUAAAACCAUCAACUGGCCAGCACUGGAGAAGAGAGAGAUGGUGCCUCCGUUUAAGCCCAAAGUGAAAUCCCCCAGUGACUGCAGCAACUUUGAUCGAGAGUUCCUGAGCGAGAAGCCGCGUCUCUCCCACGCUGACAAGAACCUCAUCGACUCCAUGGACCAGGCAGCGUUCGCCGGAUUCUCCUUCAUCAACCCCCAACUGGAAGACAUGAUGAGCAAAUGAAGAAGCUGCCUUGAGUCUUAGACCAGCACUUCGAAAAAAAGUUCAACUGGAUGGAAAACAAGAGCAUAAAAAAGAUUUGAGCUGGACUAUGACUUCCUCAGUUCCUCUAUCAGAAGAGAGGAUAAAACGGAGCUGAGAUGUUUGCUGGCAUCUAAAGCAAUAAUCAUGUCUCAGCUGUCAAAACUGUAUAGUUGUAUAAAAUAGUAUAAAGCUCCAGGAUAUUAAGGGAGAUUGUUAUUAAACGAGGGUAACGAUGAUUGUUAGUCAAUAAUUAAAUCUGUCUUUUCUUACUUUUCUAAUUUUACCUUUUGUUGACACUUUAAAUCUAAACCAAUCAUCUAAUGUACUGUAUGUUAACAUUUUUAAUUAAAAUGCACAAGCAUGACAUCCUCAUAUCGUUUCACAUUGCACGUGCAAUUCCAGAGAGUUUGGAGGUGCAUACGGUAUUUACUGUCGCCCUGUGUGCUUUCCCUACUGCAUGCCUCCUAUUACACACACCUGUGUGUGUGUUACCACAUGCAUACAAAACAUUUGCACGUAUCUUUUGGAUACAAAUGGUGCUACUGUAGUCAGGAACGUAGUCUGUAUCCCUCUGCCAGACUUAAAGGCAUCGUGUGAAAGGCUGUAAUAUAAAGUUGGGAGGAUUUAUAUCCAUCUGACGUGAGGUAAUGUAAUUGCAGAGCUGAAUAGUUCCACUGAACUGUCUUGAGAGAUUGGAGAUGCUCGAGGCAAAUCCCAGUCUCACAUAACCUGAAAAGCUUUAAUUUGUUUUUUAAUUUAGCCAAGGAUGUCUUCAAGUCUUGUGUGUGCCAUCGGGGAGAAAAGCCUCUUGCUGUACAUCAAUCUAAAGCAUAGAACAAAAAAUCAUUCCAUACAUAAUGUAUAUUCCAUCUCUUAUUGGACAGCUAUGGUAUGGUACUGUACAUGUGUUUGUGUUGAAGGAUGUGUUAUUUUACAUUGGGGGGAAUGGGCAUUUCUGUGUAAGCAUUGGGUGUUUGAACAUGUGUAACAUUACUUGAAUGUAGGAAUUUUAACAUGGAAAAUAAUAAUGCUGUAUAUGGAAAAUGAAUAUGUACAUUCCAAUGAGCUGCCUGUAAGUUAAGGGUUACUUUUUUUUACUCUCCUUAUCUUUUACAUCUAAUUAUAAAUAAAUACAUUGUAAACUCUUAAAUGUCA